GACGACCAGAGCGGAGGUAUGACCUCCAUCAAGGAAAUCACCGACAGGAUCAUGGAUCUGGUCAGCAAGAGGAACGGCAACAGCAGCAUCAUCAGGGCCAUCGCAGAGGUCCGCGUGCAGAGACUACAGAGCCGCAACCCCAAUGACUUCAUGGUGCCCCUGCUGGUCACCAUGGCGAUUGUCAUCUGGGUGUUGGCAGUUGUUUCAAUGUUGCAAUGGUGCUUGAAAAGGUGGAGGAAGCAGAGCGUCCACACUGGGGUCUGCACCCAGGCCUCAUCAUCUUUGGCAGCCACAGUGGAGGAAAACAACACCCUCCACAACAGCGUCAGCGGUGCCCGCGACCAGCUCAACCACAUCAGGAACCUCAUUGAGAAAAACCCACCAAACCACCAUCACCACCUCCACAAGGACAAGAACUCUGUCAAUGCCAAGAUCAGGAAGUCAGACACCGGGAGCCAAUCAAACGAUGAGGAGGUGGAUAAGAGGCUGCAGAAGGCAAGGUUCCCCGGAGCGCCACCAGCAUACUCACUGGUAGACUGGGACGAACGCCCCCUCAAUCUUCCAACAGACAAACUCUGGAUCCACAAACAGGACAACAGGCAGCUGCAGUCACAGAGCGUCAGCAGGGCGGAGUUUAUCGUUUAACUAACCAAUCUGAAACUUGAAUAACUGACAGCUAACUCUUUGAUCUUUUUCUUCUAUAGAAUUUCAGUGGAUUGAAGACUUUGGAUUUUCUAUUUAUGUGUUGACACUGGUCUGAACGCUCCACCGUGGUUGGCAGGAUCUCUGACAGAACGCUUCAUGUGCACCAUCACUUUCAUUCACAUACGCAUUUGAAUGUGACCUGAGGAAAUUAUUUAUUUUGUGCUUUCUUAAAGAGAAGUCUGUGUGUCAGCAGUCACUGCUGAUAUGAAGAAUUAUUGUAGAAUGUUUUUGUAUACAUGUGUAAAUAAUUUCUUAUUGAUCAAUAUGUAUUUUAGAUUUAAUUGUCAAGAGUCUACAGAGAUUUCUUUUUAAUUUAUCUGUUCUGAGUUGGCAGCUUUGUAAACUGAAGACUUUGAUAUUUCUACUUUUGGAAACACCCAAAAUGUUCUUGAAAGAAUUGUUUAUUUUUAUCCGUUUGGAUUUGGGCAAUUUUGUGCCUCAGUUUAAAUGUUUUAUACAUUUGUCUGUUUGAUACUGUGUAGUUGGUAUGUUUCCCAGGGUCAUGUGUUGUAUUUUAUGUGACUGGAGGCGGGGGAUAUACAUGCAGGGUCUUUGUAUACAAACCAACAUUGUGGUAGAUGUUUUGCUCUGCUACUGAAAGAAUUACAGAGUUUUUUGUAAUAAUUUGUAUUGUUUGAACAGUGUAAAAUAAAAGAACAGGCUUUAAGUCCUGUUUCCGUGUGUUUGCUAUAACGGGAUCAAACCUGCUUGACAGAAUUACUGCAGAGAAGUCAUGUGACAUGCUGCCUGUUGAUUGGAGAACACGGCUGUGAAACCAUCUUUGAUUUUAGUCGUCAGCUCCUUUACUUUUCACCAGUUUUAUUUUGGACCUUGGAAAAUUGGUCUUUGUGUUUGUUUCUGGCAUCAAUGUGUUUUUUUAAUUUAAAAUUAUGAUGAAACUAAAUCUUGUUUAUUCUAAAGAAAAAUUCCGAAUUACUGAACAAUCCACAAUCUGAAGGAUUUAGAGCAACACAUAGAUUGAUGUUGGGCAAAGGCUUUGGUUUGAUGCAGACUCCUUAACUAACGUGGGAGUUCAUCAAAGAGGCCACCAGUUGUUUGACAGCCAUCCCCAGCCCUUCAUCUCGCUGUCGUCUGCAGAAAUGUGUUUAUAAAAGGACCCAAGCUCAGCACAACCGUCCCUCACAGAUAUACCACGUUAAGUUUUCCCUGACUUGUAGACUUUGGUCAUAACAGACCAGAAACAAAUGUUCUAGUGUGGUCGACUCACAGCUUUUAUAGGGACGAAGCAGCAUUUAGCUUCUAUGCUCACAGCUGUGAAACAGAC